AUGUCUGUACGGAUUGGCGUAUUGACGGAGAACAGCGAACUGGCUGGAGAUCUAAAGACUGCAUUCACACAGUUGCCAACUGAACCGUCAGCCGGAACGUGUGAAGGAUCUAUCGCGGAAUUCAAAAAGACGAAAUUUUUGGCACAGCUCACAGACGCUGGAGACCAGGAAUAUCGCCAAGCUGUGGAGAAAGCCCUUAAAGCUGGACUUGAUGAGCUGCCGUCGUACCCUGAAAAUGAUGGGGAGUGGCAGAAGUUCUGGGAGAAACCCAACGGCGCCAACCUCGCACGCCUUCUUUCGUCUAAGAGCACCAAAGUUGGCUGCGCCGUAGGAACAUGCACUAAAACAGAUGAGGCUCGAACAGGGACAAGUAUCACAUAUCUUUUUUGUCAGAUGGAUCCUGCAGCUGAGGAGAACAAGGCUCCCUUCGAGUAA